CGCACAUGCAUUGAGGGAAGCACACUUGCACACACGCAUAGUAGUAGCAGCCGCAUUUUCACAGGCUGCUCUUCAGACUGACAGCAGCAAACGGAGUUGAGAGGCAGCGCAAUAGAGCGAGGGAAAGAAGGCAGGCAUCCAGAGAGGAGAGCGAAGCAGAGGAGGCUCACACAGGGUUUCCCCUUACUGCCCUUUGGCUCUCUGGGACCCACACAAGGAAUCUCCUCUGUGCUCUUCUUGAGCUGAACUUGCUUUGCCAGAAGACCUGCACCCCACUAUGGCAGCCUUGGUGGGACAUGGGAACGCUCAUCCCCUCUCAUCUCAUUCCUCUAAACUGUGGACUACCUUUAUUUUGGGUGUGUUGACCCUUUUGAGUCAAGUCUGGGGCUUUAACUUGGAUACUACUCACACACUGCAUAAGUUAGGAGACCCUGGCACCUUUUUUGGCUUCUCUCUUGCGCUUCACCAGCAGCGUAAUCCAGACCCUCAGAGCUGGAUACUGGUGGGAGCUCCAAGGGCGGCAGGGCUGGGUAAGUUGACGGGGAGUCGACCAGGAGCCCUGUUCAGGUGUCCGAUCACACCAGAGGAGUACGACUGUGAGAGGGUUGAUAUCGAUGGAGACGUGAGGCGGGACAGAGAGAGCAAGGACAACCAGUGGCUGGGAGUUACAGUCAAGAGUCAGGGCAUUGGAGGGAAGGUUGUGACCUGCGCUCAUCUAUACGAACUGAGGCAACGUGUAAACCAGUCGUCAGAGACUCGGGAUCCCAUUGGACGUUGCUAUGUCCUGAGUGAGGACCUGACUAAUCGAGAUGACCUGGAUGGAGGGGAAUGGAAGUUUUGCGAGGGUCGGCCACAGGGACACGAGCAGUUUGGUUUCUGUCAGCAGGGCCUGUCUGUCAGUUUCACCCCAGACAACAACUUCAUUCUGUUCGGUGCUCCGGGAACAUAUAACUGGAAAGGCGAGAUGCGUGUUCAGCUCCUAAACCAGACUCUGCUUGACCUCGGUAUCUAUGACGACGGACCUUACGAGGUGGCAGAUGAAAAACAACUUAAUGCCCAGCUCAUCCCUGUGCCCUACCACAGUUACCUGGGGCUCUUGUUCAUGGCUAGCCCCGUUGAAGAUGCGCUGCUGUACAAAACUCUGGAACCAUCAAGGCGGCCCACAUCGUUUGAGGAUGUAGCUCAUAAUAGCUACCUAGGGUUUUCUGUUGACUCUGCAAUGGGAAUAAUGAGUCUCGGAGAGCUAACCUUCGUGGCUGGUGCUCCCCGAGCCAAUCACACCGGGGCGGUGGUGCUGCUGAAGAAAGACAAUGUGUACCGGUUGGUGCCACAGCACAUCUUCUGGGGGGAAGAGCUGGCCUCUUCAUUCGGAUAUUCAGUAGCCACCACAGAUCUCAACCAUGAUGGCUGGACGGACCUGAUUGUUGGAGCUCCUAAUUUCUUUGACCGUAAAGCAGAGAUUGGUGGAGCUGUUUAUGUGUAUCUGAACCCGUUUGGUCACUGGGACGAUCAGGCUCGGCCCAUCCGCCUCAACGGGACAUAUGACUCCAUGUUUGGGAUGACAGUCAGCAACGUUGGAGAUCUGGACCAGGAUGGAUAUGGAGAUAUUGCUGUGGGAGCACCGUUUGAUGGAGAUGGAAAAGUUUUUAUCUAUAGAGGCUCAAAAUCUGGAAUUGAGACAAAACCUGCUCAGGUGUUGGAUGGCCGGGACUUUGAUGUGAGACGUUUUGGAUAUUCUAUCUCAGGGGGUUUGGAUAUCGACAACAAUCACUAUCCAGAUGUGGCAGUGGGCUCGCUGAACGAUUCAGUGGUUCUCUUCAGAUCUCGUCCUGUCAUCCAUGUGAAGAGAGACAUAACUAUUGAUCCUCCACAAAUAGAUUUGGAGCAGUCCAACUGCAAAGGCAGAGAUGGAGUCUGUGUGGAGGUCAAGGCUUGCUUCACCUUCGUAGCGUACCCAGCUCACUACUCUCCACACAUUACCCUCGUAGUGCGCUUUGAAGCAGACACAGAGCGCAGGAAGCUGGGCCUCCCGCACCGCGUUACCUUCCUGGGCCGUAGUUUACUGGAGCCGGAGUACACACAGACAGAAGAAGUGCAGCUAAAUCGGCAGCGUCAUGCUGUGUGCACCAAUGCUGUCUUCCAGCUGCAUGAGAACAUCCGUGACAAACUGCGUCCCAUCUCUUUGGUCAUAACCCACACUAUCAAGCCCGUGCCGCCACGCAGACACUCUGCAAAAAGGCUGGAGAAGCUACCGCCGAUACUCAAUGUCUCCCCUUCCAAUACGCUCCACUCUGAGGUGAACUUUCUGCGAGAAGGAUGCGGCAAUGACAAAAUCUGCCAGAGCAACCUGAAGCUAAGCUACCAGUUUGGUACUCGACCCCUGAACUCUGACCUCUUCAUCCCUCUGCCAAAAGAUGAGGACGAUGUGCAGGUGUUUUCUCUCUCAGAUCAGCGGCUGGUGGUGCUGGACAUCACCGUCACUAACAUGCCCUCUGACCCUCUUUACCCCGAGGAGGAUGGCGAUGAUGCUCAUGCUGCUCAGCUUAUUAUCUCCCUGCCAAACACUCUGUCAUACGCCGGCUCCAGGAUCCCAGAGCAGAUGAGAUGUCAAGCAAACCAGAAUGGCUCACAGGUUGAAUGUGACCUGGGAAACCCCGUCAAACGAAACUCUAAGCUGAAAUUUUCCAUCAGUCUGAGCACAGCUAACAUCACUAUUGAGACCACCGAGCUGACAGCUGAGCUCUCACUGAAAACCAUCAGCGAACAGCCUGACUUGGUCCCUGAGACAGCUUACGCUAAAGUUGUGAUAGAGCUCCCUCUGUCUGUCAGUGGGCGUGUAAAUCCCGACAAGCUGUUCUUCAGCGGUGCAGUGAGGGGUGAGAGUGCGAUGAGCAGUCUGGACGACAUCGGCAGCGCUGUGGAUUUUGAGUUUGUGGUUGCUAAUCCCGGUCAAGCUCUCCAGACACUUGGCUCUGCCUUCCUCAACAUUAUGUGGCCCUAUGAGCUGACCAAUGAGAAAUGGCUCCUGUAUCCUGCCAGCUUGAUGUUUCAAGGCCACCCAGAAACACAGUGCACCCCCACAUCAGCUCUGAAUCCUCUGAAGCUACAGGGCUCCUCACCUGCAGAGCCGGGCAGUCACGGGCAGGUUGGGCGAAAACGCCGUUCCCACCCAGAGGAGGAAGGUCAGAUCAUGACGAAAGGCAGCGUGGGACAGACCACACCUGCGGUGUCAGCUUCAGACAGACGCAAGUCGCUCAAACUGGAUUGCCUGCUGGGGUCAGCACGCUGUGUGCUGUUCCAGUGUCCUCUCCACAGCUUCUCCGGUCAGGCUGUGCUUAAAAUCCACGCUAGACUGUGGAACAGCAGUUUCAUAGAGGACUUCCCAGCAGUCAGUGCUCUGGAGCUGCUGGUCAGAGCUAACAUCACUGUGAAGUCCAGCAUCAAACAUCUGGUCCUUAAGGAUGCUGCUGCACUGGUUUCAGUGAUGAUUUAUCCCGAGCAUGGUGUUACUGACCAGUACUGGAUCCCCUGGUGGAUCAUCCUCAUUGCCAUCCUGGCAGGUGUCCUGCUGCUGGCACUGCUGGUCCUCAUGCUAUGGAAGUGUGGCUUCUUCCGACGGGCGCACUACAAGGACAAACUGCCUCAGUACCACGCGGUGAAGAUUCCUCGCGAGGACCGGCCUCAGUUUCAGACUGAGAAGUCAGGAGGCGUCCAAAAAAAGGAAUGGGCCACACACUGGAGCGACGGGACCUCGUAACCUGCUUUGAAGCGCUAACUGACUUUAAAAAAAAGAGAAAAAAUCACCAUGUGCAGCACUCAUUCUGUCUUUGCUGUUGAAUUAACUGACUAAAAAAGUGCACAGAGACUGGGAUCACGAAAUGUGGUGCACACUUUACUUCGUCAUUGCUUACAUACUGAUGUGUUUUCUCAAUGCUGUAGCCUACUGAAGGCGUUACAUAGCCUAUUUAGUUUAAUUUUACCGUAAAUCAAUAUCAUAGUAUUGUACUGAAGGCCUACGACAACAUUAAAAACCAGUCGAGCUGCUGAGUACGUUUCCCAGCCCUCA